AUGUCAUUUUUUCGUUCUUACAGCUAUGAGGCCCUUCCCUCUAACUAUGGCCUCGGCCGGAAUAUGUUGGCUGGUGCUUUUGCAGGGAUAGCGGAACACGCUGUUAUGUAUCCGGUCGAUUUGCUUAAGACUCGCAUGCAAGUUUUACAUCCCUCGACUGGAGGACUCUACACAGGCUUGACCAACGCGGUCUCCACCAUCUACCGGAUCGAAGGCUGGAGGACACUAUGGAAGGGUGUUUCGAGUGUGAUUGUCGGUGCGGGUCCCGCUCACGCCGUGUACUUUGGCACAUAUGAGGUUGUCAAGGAAUUCGCAGGUGGUAACGUCGAUGAUGGACACCACCCUCUUGCUGCUGCCACCAGUGGAGCGGCCGCGACCAUUGCUAGCGACGCAUUAAUGAACCCAUUCGAUGUUAUCAAGCAACGUAUGCAGGUUCACGGCUCCAUCCACAAGAACAUUCUCCAGUGCGCCAAAUCCGUCUACGGCGCUGAGGGCUUCCGGGCUUUCUACGUCUCAUAUCCCACAACGCUUUGCAUGACUGUUCCGUUUACCGCUACCCAGUUCGUCGCGUACGAGUCGAUCUCGAAGGUGAUGAACCCCUCGCAUGACUACGAUCCUUUCACCCACUGCAUUGCUGGUGGUCUUGCCGGUGCUUUCGCAGCUGGUCUCACCACGCCUCUUGAUGUUGUCAAGACCCUUCUCCAGACCCGAGGACUGGCACAGAACGAGGAGAUCCGUUCCGCCAAGGGUCUAUUCAACGCAGCGGCCAUCAUCAAGCGCCAGUUCGGCUGGAGUGGUUUCCUCCGUGGCGCUCGCCCUCGUAUCAUUUCCACAAUGCCCAGCACUGCGAUCUGCUGGACAUCCUACGAGAUGGCCAAGGCGUACUUCAAGGGCCAGGUGGACAGCUAA